UCACUAUCUUACUCAUUGUAUAAUCCUAGAUUGUAACAUAACCUAACAUAUCUGAUAAAAAUAAUUACAAAUAUCAUUAAAUCAUAACCUCGUCUUUGUAUUUUGUGUUUAAUAUAAUGAAUUUAAAAUGACUCAAGCUUAUGAUAACUAUUAUAGUGAAUUUCAGAAAAAUGCUGAGUUGCAGCAAAAUUUAAAAUAUAAAAAAAAAUAUCGAAGAUUAAAAAGGAUUAUAAAAGAUACAGUAUUCGAAAAUGCAGCAUUAUGUGAUCAAGUUGCACAAAUGCAAGAAAAUCUUAUGCUUGUAAAAGAAGAAAGGUUGUUUCUUUUACGUAAAUUAUGUCAACAACAAGGAGAUAUAGAUCCUUCUACUAUGAUAGCUCGAUCUCAAUCAAACAGUAUUAAUACUAAUACAUUUAAUCCAGAAUGUUCCACGCCUAAAAAAACUACAAAAAAAAGAGUAUCGACUGAUGGCUCAGAACCAAAAAAUAAAGCUAAACGUUAUAAUAAAACUGCAAGGAAAGUAGUUCAAUUAAUACCACUAGAUGUCCAUGGAAGACCUAUAUUUCCUAUUUCUUUGGGUGAUCUCACUGUUUACUCACUUGGAGAAGUAGUAUCAGACAGAAUUGCUUAUCAUACAGAAGAUCUCAUUUAUCCAGUAGGUUAUUGCAGCACUAGAGUAUAUGCUAAUUUAAGAGAUGUAAGAACAAAAAGUUUAUAUACAUGUAAAAUAUUAGAUGGUGGAUCAAAACCAAGAUUUGAAAUUGUAUCUGAUAAUGAUCUAGAUCAACCAUUGGUUGGAUCUACUCCUGAUGAAUGUCAUUCUAAACUAUUAAUGGCAAUUUCUCCUGCACUUCGUUCAAUAACGCCAAAAGGAGCUGAUUUUUUUGGAAUUUCACAUCCUACUAUACAAAAUCUUAUUCAAAGCACACCUGGAACUCGUAAAUUAGCUAUGUACAAACAACAACGUUUCGAAGUAAGCAAGAAUCAACCAAUAGAAAGAGGAACAAGUCCAGUAAUGGAGGAAGAAACAGAUCCUGGACUUGGAUUUGCUGCUUUGCAUAGGCAUUAUGCAUUAGCAAAUUCAUACAGAAUUAAAGAAGAACCAUCUGAUAAUGAUCUUUUAGCUCUUCAAGAACUUCUCUCGUGAUCUUUAUAUGUCGAUAAAAAAUUUUUCAGAAAAAGAUAUUUUGCUUUAUGUAUUGAUACAAUACGCACAUUUCAUUAUUAUCAAAUAUUAAUCUUUAAAUUAUAUAUUUAUAAAAAAUUGGAAAAUCUUUAAAACUAGCAACAUUCGUUCUAAAAAUCACUUUAUAUUAUUUAUUAGACUACAAUAUAUAAAGCAAUUUAUUCUUUAUAAAUAUUUUUCUAUUUUAUUGAAAUAAUGUAUAAAUAAAGUUGCGAUAAGUAACAUAAAAAUUAUUUACGA